AUGAUCGUCAUCUUCGAUAUUGCCUAUCAAGUUCAUACAAUUUUUCCCGAAGAAUUCCGGGUUUUCCGUGGAAGCACUCAAGUUGUACUAUCUGAUCAAAAUAUUAUUUUGUGGUUAUGCAUGAAUUGA